UAUACUCAACGGUUCUGAAACGAGCGAAGGCUCUAUGGAUCAGUCGUGCGAGGAGUCGCUAGCCGACGCUUGCGGCUGGGCCGUCAUCGAGCCCAUGUCGUAGCGUGCUGUUGCAUCCCUAUUGCCGUCUCGUCGAUGUUCUGCUGGAUGCUGUUGUUGUUGCUGAAAUAGCCUUACUUUUGUUAUACGGACACGGAGCACGGCCUGCGGCGGCGGGUCACGGCGCAUGGCCGAUCGAGAAGUUGACGGCGACGUCUCCGUCCGAGACGAAACAGAAUCCGUACUAUUGUCACUGCUGUAAAGGUUUUGCGUAGCGCCGAACGCCUUAAGGAGGCAGUGUCAGCGAACGUCUAUUAGCGACGACGAAGGCAAUCGCGGCGCAGGCUUCUGACAUUAGCAUCGUUGGAUUCAGCCAGCGCCGCUCUUGCCAUUGAUAUCGCUGAACUGUUUCUGUGGAUCCAGCGGAAGCUGCUGCGUUCACGGCUGCCAGCAUUGCUACUUUUGCUAACGUUGCUGCUGCUGCUGCUGCUGUAGUUGCUCGCUCUGCCGUUGUUAAAGGCGAGGCCAGGGUGAGUGUAUCUGCUCUGAGUAUCACUCAAAAAACGCCUGGUUUGCCGCCACCACCGCUGACGUUGCCGACGUAUAGAGCUCGAGUGAGCACCAGCUAUAGAUUGGAGUAACCGAACGCUGAAAAGGCAUAGUCAACUGCCAUGACAGUGCGUCUAGGGCUGUAACUGUGGGCAGUAUCAAUCAGUUUGUCUGCCAGCACAUCAUCGCACUGCAGACGAAGUGACUGACUCCGACCACCUUUGAUAGUUGCUAACCCUGUUCUCUAGCGUUCUCUACUGGAAACUGCACAAUCUCGACUCUAGCUGAGCACCGAGAACGACAAGGCGGUGCUCACUACGAGCAAAAGUAGACGCAACGAGGAACGCAGAAGCAAACGUCUCAAAGGAAACGUAUCACUCAUCUUUACCUCGUCUUCCCAAGAUUUUUGUUUGAACAUGAGUUUGUCACCGGAGCUACACCGUUCGGAGCGCCAAGAGGUCCAGUGAAGAAAACACUGUCGUAAGCCAACAAACAGCGCUGGUAUAAGUAGUGAUAGCGCGUGCUGCUGGGUCUGUGAGUGUGCAAGUGGGUUUUUUUGAACGGCCGGACGACGCAGCUUCUGACAGGUUUGUGCGGCGCUUCAGAUGCUGCCAUCGCAGCAGCAGCAGCAGCAUUAGCAGUAUCGGGGAUUUCUCAAGCACUCAAACUUUCUAUUGUGGUUAACUAUAGUGGAACCAAGUAUUCGUCUGCUAUAAUAAAGUUGCUUCUACCCGCCGAGAAAAAGCGAUUUUGAAUGUUUACACCUGCCUUGUUGUAGUCCAGCAGGCAUUGCGUUUGUCAUAGCGGUUAAAACUAACGCGCACGUCGACCGGCCACUCACUUAUGGGUUGUAGCGAACACAAUUUUAAGCGUGCGAUUCGCAGGUCAUAUCAGCUUGGGGUUUCUGUGUUAGCUUUGCUAGCUCAUUGGCUCAGUAGAAAGCAGUUGGGGUCGAACCCAGAUAUAUAAUAGGCAUUUGCGACAACUGCCGCUGUUCAGCCAGUACGGAAUCGCUAUAGGUGUUUCAUUUUGGUUAAACUCUCCAGAAGAAGGCCUGCAGUAAAUCAGCUAAGAAUCUACCAAGGAAUCCGGAGGAACCGGAAACGACGUCGAUAUCGACUGUCACGCAAUUGAACGUAAAGGAAUUUACUAAAGAUUUAGAAGAAAACAUUUACCUGAUCUACUCUGUAGCUAAUCCCUCUAAAAGGACCGCAUUUUAUCAAAAACAGUGGGGUGAGAGCAACCACUGCCGCAUUUAUUAAAAACUGGUUUUAACCUUAAUGCUGUUCUCUGAAGUGAGCACUGCAUGAAGCACGAUAGCAUCAGUCGGCUCAAGAUUGUACAGACUGCAGGACCAGGAAGUAUGCAAAGUGGGCCCGAAGCUGUUCGGACCAGCACUCCCGUUCGUGUUAAAUAGUGACGAGCAAUUGAUCAAUUCGAGAAGCAGCUUGUGGCAAUAAGUCGGCCGUUAACGAGCCUCACACAUUCGUAGAACAGCCGGUCGCAGUUCGAUUAUGACGUAUGGUUUAUCAUGAUUAGUAGAAUUUAUGAGUGCGUACCAUUUAUCUAGUUCACUUAUCGCCGACCUAUCUCAAAUUGUGUUCGAGCAAAGGACAAACCCACGAGAACAAAACAACUGAAGUGGACGGUGCCACCACGUAUUCUCUGAUGGAAGCUAAUACAGCUGGCUAGUUUUAUUGGCCUAAUAAUAGCUAGCGGACGACACUGCUUAAUUAGAGGGAACUCGUGUGGUUCCCGCCAAUCAGGGAUCGCUCAUAGCGCAAUUUUCUGGAAGGAAGUACGUCAUCUGAAGCGCAUCACCCGAGCCGAACAGGCACAAUCCGCGCUUCGGUGGUACAAAUUCGGUCUGUCUCACCUGUUGCGGGUAGCCACCGUAACGUAAAUCGCCGCCAGGACGUCCAAAAUACUCUCCGGAACGGCCAGGAAAGGCCGACGGUCUUCAUGUCGGAUUUCGAGCGCGUGCGAAAAAGCCUCGAGAGGGGCUGUCUGUACGAGGACCCGGAGUUUCCCGCCGUACAGUCCACUGUUUUCUAUCAUCAAACUCCGCCGUUCCAGUUCGUCUGGAAGCGUCCCCACGAUGCGGACACUACAAGGGCUCAGCCUACUUCAAGUAACCUGAACGAAAUUUGUGCCAAUCCUGAAUUUGUAGUAGAUGGACCUUCGUUGUUCGAAUUAACUCCUGGAAAACUCGGUGAUAAAUGGCUGGUAUCGUGUCUGGGCACCUUGGCAACAUGCAGGGCGUUAUUCUAUCGAGUUGUUCCCGCCGAUCAAGGCUUUUCACUUGAAGACGAAUAUUGCGGCUUGUUCCGUUUUCGGGUUUGGUGGGCAGGCGAUUGGAAGGAGGUCCUCAUCGAUGACCGGCUGCCCACUUUUAACGGAAAACUGGUCUUCAUUCACUGCAAUGGGCCACACUCAGCAAACCACUUUUGGCCAGCCUUGCUUGAAAAGGCUUAUGCCAAGAUGUACGGCUCGUACGAAGCACUGAAAUACGGCAAUUCAAUGGAUGGCCUUUCCGAUCUAACGGGCGGAGUCACGGAAGGACUGAGCAUUGAACAGCCAUCAACACUAAAUUACCUUCUGACACGGACGAGCAUCGUCACUGCCCUCGUUGUACCGCCAGCGGCCGGCAACAAUAAUUUCAAUAGUAGCAACAAUUGCAACAUCAACUCGAGUGGUGUGACUAAUAAUGGUACAGCGAAUGGGACAAAUGCGAGCAGCAGAUUCGCUCCUAGUGAACGGUUACCUAACGGGAUCGUCGUUGGUGUCAACUACCGUAUCUCACAUUUCUGCGAGAUGGUUACUUCGCGCGGGGAUCAACUGCGUCUUGUGAGGCUCCGAGCGCCGAUUGCAACGGCCCACGUAAAGGAUUGCACCGAAUUUGACCGGUUAAAUCGGGAUGAUCAGCAGAGGGCUUUAGGAGCGCGAGCAUUAGCCGAGGGAGAGUUCUUCAUGACUUUUGCUGAAGUCUCUUCAACGUUUACGACGUUUGAGGUUGUACACCUUGAUGCGGAGACAUCCCGCGACGAACCUUCACUUAAAGGCAGGACACCUUGGCAGGUCAAGUUAGCUAAAGAACGAUGGCAACGAGGAGUGAGUAGUGGAGGCUGUCGGAACAAUACAGAUACCUUUCACAUGAAUCCCCAGAUGGCGCUGUCGGUCCAGGAGGGCGAAAGCGUUGUUAUAUCAUUGUGUCAAGAUGCUGUUAUUGAGCCAAAGGUAAUUGGGUUCACCGUUUAUCAGUGCCAAAAGUCGAUCCAAGAGCCUCUAACUAAGACCUACUUUAAAGAAGUUAAAUCAUUGCUGAGCUCUCAUUACUCCAACUACAAACAGGUGUGCGUUCGAUGCCCCCUGGAACAAGGCCAUUAUGUCGUGAUACCGACAACGUUCGAGCCCGGUGAAGAAGCUCUUUUUACACUUCGGGUGUUCUCAGAGAAACCAACAAAACUCAAAUGCAUCGAAUACUCCGUCAGUUGUACCCGGUCGCCAUUUAAAAAGGUCCAGCCUCAACUGGAGACCUCGUUAGCCACCUACGAGCAGGUGUUCCUGCAAAUGGCUGACGAACACAAAUGCGUUAAUGCAUUUGAUCUGCAGGAAAUCCUGGAGACUUGCUUACCAAACGAUUACGUGAAAAGCUGUGCGACGAUGGAAGUUUGUCGGCAGGUAGUGCUUGCUAUGGAUAACAGUGGGCUCGGCCGUUUAAAAUACCAAGAUUACAAACAUUUUAUUUGCUCAUUAAAGUGGUGGCAGAACGUCUUCAAGGCCUAUACAAAAGGCACCGUCGGAGUAUUGCGAGCCGACCGGCUCAAAGAGGCCCUCGAAGAUAUUGGUUUUAAGCUCAACUCGGACGUACUUUCCCUGUUAGUUCUUCGCUUUAUGCGAAAGGACGGAACCCUUAGGUUCGGGGACUUCGUUGCUUGUGUUCUACACUUAGCUGCCGCGUUUGGAGCGUUCGAGAAGAAGGACCCGCUUCAAAACGGUUCUAUUAAACUGUCUCUUGCUGAGUGGUUACGUGCCAGUCUACUUUGCUAGAUCGCCAUACUCAACAUAACGAGAUUUUAAGCAAGUAAAUCUGCGCAACGGUACGCCACCAACGAAUUUUAGUCUUAGUUUCAAUGAAUACACAUUAAAAUGAUCAGAUUCGUCGAGUUUAUUAUGUUUGUACAUAUCUAUAGUUAGGGAAGACCGAUCAAUAAAUUAAAACUGUGUAUAUACAUGCA